UCCCAGCCUCCCUUGCGCCAAGGACACAUCCGGCGGCGUCGCGGGUGCUGUCUACGCCACCGCGGCGCCUGUCUAUGAUCCUCUGCCACUUUCUGAGCGAGUGUCAUGGCGGUCGGCGUCGAGUUGGCAGGCGUAGCCCACGAAACUGGGGAAACUCACUAGAGCUGAGGAAGAAGUGGCCCAGUCUGGACGGUGGGAAUUCGUGGGAAUGAGCAGAAGGCCUUCCAUGGGUGACUGUGUCAUAGAGGCAGGCCCCUGGUAAAAUUCCAGGCCAGGCCUCGGCCUUCCUAGGCAGAACCCGGAGCCGGCGUUGCCUGACAACCCCGCUUUGUGUUAUCCAAGCCUGAGUGUUUUGGACUAGUCUCGCCAAGGCAGGCGUCCAAGGAUAUUUGGUGGGAUCGUUCGACGGCGCUAAACGUUUUUUAGUUUCCGAGCGGACCAGGUCGUUCUCUAUAAACUCGCCGUGAUGUCGUCCUGGCUUGGGGGCCUCGGCUCCGGAUUAGGCCAGUCUCUAGGUCAAGUUGGGGGUAGCCUGGCUUCCCUCACUGGCCAGAUUUCAAACUUUACAAAGGAUAUGCUGAUGGAGGGCACGGAGGAAGUGGAAGCAGAAUUACCUGAUUCUAGGACAAAGGAAAUUGAAGCCAUUCAUGUAAUCUUGAGAUCAGAGAAUGAAAGACUUAAGAAACUGUGUACUGAUCUAGAAGAGAAACAUGAAGCAUCAGAGCUUCAAAUAAAGCAACAGUCUACAAGCUACCGAAAUCAACUUCAACAAAAAGAGGUAGAAAUCAGCCAUCUUAAAGCCAGACAGAUUGCACUCCAGGAUCAGUUGCAAAAACUGCAAUCAGCUGCUCAGUCAGUACCUUCAGGAGCUGACGGUGUACCAGCCACCACUGCUUCGUCUUCAUUCACUUAUGGGAUUAGUCAUCAUCCUUCAGCUUUCCAUGACGAUGAUAUGGACUUUGGUGAUAUAAUUUCAUCCCAGCAAGAAAUAAACCGACUUUCAAAUGAAGUUUCAAGGCUUGAGUCUGAAGUUGGCCAUUGGAGGCAUAUUGCCCAGUCUUCCAAAGCACAAGGAACACAUAACUCUGAUCAAAGUGAAAUAUGUAAACUGCAAAAUAUUAUUAAGGAACUAAAACAGAACCGAAGUCAGGAUAUUGAUGACCAUCAACAUGAAAUGUCAGUACUGCAGAAUGCACACCAACAGAAAUUGACAGAAAUAAGUCGACGACAUCGGGAAGAAUUAAGUGACUAUGAAGAACGAAUUGAAGAACUUGAAAAUCUGUUACAACAAGGUGGCUCUGGAGUUACAGAAACUGAUCACUCUAAAAGCUAUGAGAUGCAAAAAACUAUUCAAGUUCUAGAAACAGAAAAAAUGGAGUCUACCAAAAAAAUUGAAGAACUUGAGGAUAAAAUAAAAUAUAUAAAUAAAAAAUUAUCUUCUGCAGAAAAUGACAGAGAUAGUUUGAGGAGAGAACAAGAACAGCUAAAUGUGGAAAAGAGACAAAUAAUGGAAGAAUGUGAAAACUUGAAAUUGGAAUGUAGUAAAUUGCAGCCUUCUGCCAUGAAGCAACGUGAUACUGUGACAGAAAGGGAAAGACUUGUUGCACAGAGUGCAUCAGUGGAAGAAGUAUUCAGACUACAACAAGCACUGUCUGAUGCUGAAAAUGAAAUAAUGAGAUUGAGUAGUUUAAACCAGGAUAACAGUCUUGCUGAAGACAAUCUGAAACUUAAAAUGCAUAUUGAAGUUUUAGAAAAAGAGAAGUCAUUACUGAGUCAAGAAAAGGAAGAUCUACAGAUAGCACUUUUAAAAUUGAAAAACGAAUAUGAAGGAAUUAAAAGUACAGCUACAAGAGACUUAAGUUUGGAUUCAGAAUUACAUGACUUAAGACUUCAUUUGGAGGCAAAGGAACAAGAACUCAAUCAGAUUAUUAGUGAAAAGGAAAUACUGAUAGCUGAGAUAGAAGAAUUGGACAAACAAAAUCAAGAAGCUACAAAGCAUAUGAUUUUGAUAAAAGAUCAGCUAUCAAAACAACAAAAUGAAGGAGAUAGCAUCAUCAGUAAACUGAAACAAGAUCUAAAUGAAGAAAAAAAGAGAGUUCAUCAACUUGAAGAUGAUAAAAUGGACAUUACCAAAGAGUUAGAGGUACAGAAAGAGACGUUAAUUCAAAGUGAAGUGGUGCUAAAUGAUUUACAUUUAACUAAGCAGAAACUUGAGGACAAACUAGAAAGUUUAGUGGAUCAGCUAAAUGAGUCACAAAAAAGUACUGUAAGCAUCCAGAAGGAGAAUUUGGAACUUAAGGAGCAAAUUAGACAAAAUGAGGAUGAGCUUUCUAGAAUAAGGAAUAAGUUAACUCAGUCUCUAAAUCAAGACUCUAGUAGUAAUUUUAAGGAUAAUUUACUUAAAGAAAGAGAAGCUGAAGUUAUACACUUAAAGGAAAGUCUUUCAGAAUUAGAACAGCUCAAUGAAAAUUUAAAGAAAGUUGCUUUUGAUGUCAAAAUGGAAAAUGAAAAGUUAGUUUUAGCACAUGAAGAUUUGAUGCAUCAGUUGGAAAAAUCUAUUGCUGAUAACAAGCAGCUUUCUCUGGAAAAAAACACUAUUGUGGAGACUCUAAAAAUGGAAAAAGGAGAAAUAGAAGCAGAAUUGUGUCAGGCUGAAAAGAGGCUGUUGGAAGAAGCAAACAAGUAUGAGAAAACCAUUGAAGAACUGUCAGAUGCACGUAACUUGAAUGCCUCUGCCUUACAGGUGGAACACGAGCGUUUAAUGAAACUCAGUCAAAAGAAAGACAUUGAAAUAGCAGAACUCAAAAAGAAUAUUGAACGAAUGGAUACUGAUCACAAAGAAACUAAGGACAUUUUAUCAUCUAGUUUAGAAGAGCAGAAGCAGUUGACACAACUUAUAAAUGAGAAAGAAAUUUUUAUUGAAAAACUUAAAGAAAGAAGUUCAAAGCUGCAGGAGGAAUUGGAUAAAUAUUCUCAGGCCUUAAGAAAAAAUGAAAUUUUAAGACAGACCAUAGAGGAAAAGGACAGAAGUCUUGGAUCCAUGAAAGAAGAAAAUAAUCAUCUGCAAGAAGAACUGGAACGACUUAGGGAACAGCAGAGUCGAACUGCACCUGUGGCUGAUCCUAAGACCCUUGAUAGUGUUACUGAACUAGAAUAUGAAGUAUCUCAACUGAACAUGAUCAAGGAUCAUCUUGAAGAGGAAAUUAAACAUCAUCAAAAGAUAAUUGAAGAUCAAAACCAGAGUAAGACGCAACUACUUCAGUCUUUACAAGAGCAGAAGAAGGAAAUGGAUGAGUUCAGACACCAGCAUGAACAAAUGAACGCCACACACACCCAACUUUUUUUAGAGAAAGAUGAGGAAAUUAAGAGUUUGCAUAAAACAAUCGAGCAGAUCAAAACCCAGUUUCAUGAAGAAAGACAGGACGUUCAAACAGAUAACUCUGAUAUUUUUCAAGAAACAAAAGUUCAGAGUCUUAAUAUAGAAAAUGGAAGUGAAAAGCAUGAUUUAUCUAAAGCUGAAACGGAAAGAUUAGUGAAAGGAAUAAAAGAGCGAGAACUGGAGAUUAAACUUCUAAAUGAAAAGAAUAUAUCUUUAACUAAACAGAUUGAUCAGUUGUCCAAAGAUGAAGUUGGUAAACUAACUAAGAUUAUUCAACAGAAAGAGUUGGAGAUACAAGCUCUUCAUGCUAGAAUUUCUUCUGCUUCCUAUACUCAAGAUGUUGUUUACCUUCAACAGCAACUGCAGGCCUAUGCUAUGGAAAGAGAAAAGGUAUUUGCUGUUUUGAAUGAGAAGACUAGGGAAAAUAGCCAUCUAAAAACAGAAUAUCACAAAAUGAUGGAUAUAGUUGCUGCGAAAGAAGCAGCUCUCAUCAAACUGCAAGACGAAAAUAAAAAAUUGUCCACUAGAUUUGAAAGUAGUGGCCAAGAUAUGUUUAGAGAAACUGUUCAGAAUUUAUCACGUAUCAUUCGAGAAAAAGACAUUGAAAUAGAUGCACUAAGUCAGAAAUGUCAGACUUUAUUGGCAGUUUUACAAACAUCCAGCACUGGUAAUGAGGUUGGAGGUGUUAAUAGUAAUCAAUUUGAAGAGCUUCUACAGGAACGUGACAAGUUAAAACAGCAAGUAAAGAAAAUGGAGGAAUGGAAACAGCAGGUGAUGACUACAGUACAAAACAUGCAACACGAGUCAGCCCAGCUUCAGGAAGAACUUCACCAACUUCAGGCACAAGUUUUGGUUGACAGUGAUAAUAAUUCUAAAUUACAAGUGGACUAUACUGGCCUGAUCCAAAGUUAUGAGCAGAAUGAAGCCAAACUAAAAAAUUUUGGACAGGAAUUAGCACAAGUUCAGCACAGCAUUGGGCAGCUUUGCAAUACCAAGGAUCUUCUUUUAGGAAAACUUGAUAUUAUUUCACCCCAGCUGUCUUCUGCAUCAUUGCUGACUCCCCAGUCAGCAGAGUCUCUUAGAGCAGGUAAGUCUGAUGUAUUGAGUGAAUCGUCUGAAUUGCUUCAGCAAGAGAUAGAAGAGCUAAGGAAAUCACUACAGGAAAAAGAUGCCACGAUUAGAACUCUCCAGGAAAAUAAUCAUAGAUUGUCUGAUUCGAUUGCUGCCACCUCAGAGCUAGAAAAAAAAGAACACGAGCAAACUGAUUCAGAAAUUAAGCAGCUAAAGGAGAAACAAGAUGUUUUGCAAAAGUUACUUAAGGAAAAAGACCUCUUGAUCAAAGCCAAAAGUGAUCAGUUACUUUCUUCCAAUGAAAAUUUCACUAACAAAGUGAAUGAAAAUGAACUUUUGAGGCAGGCAGUAACAAACCUGAAGGAGAGAAUAUUAAUUCUAGAGAUGGACAUUGGCAAACUAAAAGGAGAAAAUGAAAAAAUAGUAGAAACAUCCAAGGGAAAGGAAACGGAAUAUCAAGCGUUACAGGAGACUAACAUGAAGUUUUCUAUGAUGCUGCGAGAAAAAGAGUUUGAGUGCCGUUCCAUGAAGGAGAAGGCUCUUGCUUUUGAACAGCUAUUGAAAGAGAAAGAACAGGGCAAGACUGGGGAGUUAAAUCAGCUUUUAAACGCAGUUAAGUCAAUGCAGGAGAAGACAGUUGUGUUUCAACAGGAGAGAGACCAAGUCAUGUUGGCCCUGAAACAAAAACAAAUGGAAAACACUGCCCUACAGAAUGAGGUUCAACGUUUACGUGACAAAGAAUUUCGGUCAAACCAGGAGCUAGAGAGAUUGCGUAAUCAUCUUUUAGAAUCGGAAGAUUCUUAUACCCGUGAAGCUUUGGCUGCAGAAGAUAGAGAGGCUAAACUAAGAAAGAAAGUCACAGUAUUGGAGGAAAAGCUAGUUUCAUCCUCUAAUGCGAUGGAAAAUGCAAGCCAUCAAGCCAGUGUGCAGGUAGAGUCAUUGCAAGAACAAUUGAAUGUGGUCUCCAAGCAAAGGGAUGAAACUGCGCUGCAGCUUUCUGUUUCUCAGGAACAAGUAAAGCAGUAUGCUCUGUCGCUGGCCAACCUGCAGAUGGUACUAGAGCAUUUCCAACAGGAGGAAAAGGCUAUGUAUUCUGCUGAACUCAAAAAGCACAAACAGUUUAUAGCUGAAUGGAAGAAAAAGGCAGAAAAUCUGGAAGGAAAAGUGGUAUCAUUACAGGAACGUUUGGAUGAAGCAAAUGCUGCAUUGGAUUCAGCAUCAAGACUUACAGAACAGUUAGAUCUAAAAGAAGAACAAAUCGAAGAACUUAAAAAACAAAAUGAGCUCCGACAAGAAAUGCUGGAUGAUGCACAAAAGAAAUUGAUGAACUUAGCAAACAGCUCAGAAGGAAAAGUGGACAAAGUCCUAAUGAGAAACCUCUUCAUCGGUCAUUUCCACACACCAAAAAAUCAGCGUCAUGAAGUGUUACGGUUGAUGGGGAGCAUCCUGGGUGUCAGGAGGGAGGAGAUGGAGCAGUUAUUUCAUGACGAUCAGGGUGGUGUUACCAGGUGGAUGACUGGGUGGUUCGGAGGAGGAUCAAAAAGUGUUCCCACCACACCUUUGAGACCAAAUCAGCAAUCUGUGUUUAAUAGUUCUUUUUCAGAACUUUUUGUUAAAUUUCUGGAAACAGAAUCUUAUCCAUCCAUUCCACCACCAAAGCUUUCUGUUCAUGAUAUGAAACCUCUGGAUUCACCAGGAAAGAGAAAACUAGAUGCAAAUACACCAGAAAGUUUUAAAGAUACAGCAGAAUCCAGAUCUGGUAGAAGAACAGAUGUAAAUCCGUUUUUGGCUCCUCGCUCAGCAGCUGUGCCUCUUAUUAACCCAGCUGGACACGGACCUGGUGGACCCGGGCAUCUUCUUCUGAAACCCAUCUCAGAUGUCUUGCCCACAUUUACACCUUUGCCAGUGUUACCUGACAACAGCGCUGGGGUUGUGCUGAAAGACCUUUUAAAGCAAUAGAUAAUUCUCAAGCCAGAGACAAUCUAGCACUUUAAAGGAACCAUGAACACUAUAUGUAUGUACUUUAUCACAAAGUGGCCUUUGGGAAAAAGUCAUGUAUUUGUUUGUAGUUGUGCUUUCUCUGAAUUUAAUAAAAAUAUUCCUAAUGCGUUUAGAAACUGCAGGUGUCAGGAGCAAAUGUUUGCUACGUAAUCUGCUUUAUUCCUUCUGAUUUGACCUUAUUUAAGCUAGGAACAUUUGAUUUAUCUUUUAUCUUAAUCUACAAAAAUACAGACAGACAAACAUGCUAGUAGCUGUAUGUUGGCUUUUUAUUUCCUUCUGUGAUUUCCAAGCUAUUUAAGCUAGAGAUUGUGGUUUAUCAAGAGUGUUUCCUUUUUUUAAUGAAGAAUAAAAAAAAUACUAGUAGUGGCUUCACUGCUUAGUGCAGAAAGUUGAUCUGACGCAUAUAUUGAUCAUCUUUAGAGGACUUUGUGGAGACAGGCCAACAAGAUUGUCCCUGGAAGGUCAUAGGUGCCCUGAGAUGCUUUUUUUGUUUGUUUUAAAUAGAGAUGGGGUCUCACUAUGCUGCCAGGCUGGUCUCGAACUCCUGAGCUCAAGUGAUCCUCCCACCUCAGCCUCCCAAAGUGCUGGGAUUACAGGCAUGAGCCACUCUACCUGGCCCUCUGUGUAGAUUCAUGUGACUACCACCAGUCAAGAUACAGCACCUCCAUCACAAGUAUCCCCUGUGUCACCCUCUCAUAAUCACAGCCACCUCUCUCCCUGGCCCUCUCCUUAAUUCCUGUCAACCACUAACUGUUCUCCAUCUCAGCAACUUUGUUAUUUCGAAAAUGUUCUAUAAAUGGAAUCAAUAUGUAACCUCUUGAGACUGACUUUUUUUCACUCAGCAUAAGAGAUCCAUUCAAGUUUUUGGAUGUAUUUUAUUCCUUUUUAUUGUUGAGUAUACAGUGCAGAUGUAUCACUUAGUUUUAACAACUAAGAUAUCUAUUUAAAGAUAUCAUCUUUAAAUAACUAAAUGUUUCUUUUUUUUUUUUUUGAGACGGAGUUCCCUCGUUACCCAGGCUGGAGUGCAAUGGCGUGAUCUCAGCUCACCGCAACCUGCAACCUCCGCCUCCUGGGUUCAGGCAACUCUCCUGCCUCAGCCUCCUGAGUAGCUGGGGUUACAGGCACGCGCCACCAUGCCCAGCUAAUUUUUUGUGUUUUUAGUAGAGAGGGGGUUUCACCAUGUUGACCAGGAUGGUCUCGGUCUCUUGACCUCGUGAUCCACCUGCCUCAGCCUCCCGAAGUGCUGGGAUUACAAGCUUGAGCCACUGUGCCCAGCCAUCUAAAUGUUUCUUUACACAAAUUCAUACAACUUUCAUAUAAGCAUUAAACUAUACAGCUGCAUCUACAUAAUUAGCAAUAUCACUGAACAUGUGUGUCACUGCCUGCCUCUGUCUGCGGUGUUGACAUAUGAGGUACAGCAGUCCGAGAGUCAGCUGUUCUCAUCAUGGUGUUCACAGAGGCAGUGAAAUCACUUUGAUAGCACCAGUACCCAGAUGUUCAAAACUUAAGAGAGUAUUUCUUUAAUUUUUUUAUAAACCCAUCAUAAAAAAAAAUCCCAACUUGAAACUUAACUAUAUCUGGAUGUUCAUGUUUUUAUUAGUUGUUGAAAUUGUACAUUUAAAAAGACAUUUCUUGCAAAUUUUAUAAAUUUCUAUAUGCUUCUAAAAUAGAAACAUUUGUAUAACAAGGAAAGAUAAAAUAAAACAAAUUCAAAUAUGUAAAUAGGCCUGGCUGAAGCCAGAACUAAAUUGGGUUGUUUGCAAAUUUUGCUGUGAUUAACUGUAUUUCUAAUGUAUUUGGAAGACUGGAAGUCUUAAUUAUAUGUUGAUAGGUGAAACUUGUUUUUCUGAAAAAUGAAGUAACAGAGAAUGCUGCUUCAGAAUGUCUCCCAUCUCCUCAGAUAACUGGUUUAUAUGGCCAUUCUUUAUUCAGUAUACUGUAAAGGCAGUUGUCAUACAAGUUCAACAUUAGAACUGUCCAACUGCCUCCUCUUGGUUUUUGCCCAUUAUUAUUUCUCUAUGAGUUGUUACUCCUUGGUUUUCAUAUGCUCCUGACAAAGACACUUUCACUGACUGUCCUACAGUAUUUGCUGCUUGCCUUUGAAGUUUCAGUUCAGUGUGGAGCAAAUGAAAUACUAGUUUCGAAGUUAAAAAAGACACGUGGUAGUUUAUUUUUAAGAAAUAGAAUAUGUAAAAAGUUUUCUCUUUUAAUUUGAAAAAGAGAUGCAUGGUUGGUAUUUAAGUAGUAUGUCAUCAUAUUUGAAAUGCCUUUUCUGACAUUAUUGAGUAUUUCCUUCUCUGACCAAAACAGCCUGUCCCCCUCUUAUCCCAUAGUUUAAGUUUAAAAGCUGUUAUGGGUGGAUUGCAUAGUUAAACAUCACAGAGCAUGAUAUUAAAUGGCUGCUAUUUAAAUAAGUAUGUGACGUUGUCCUAAAGCUAUAGUACCAGCUGGGCACGGUGGCUCAUGCCUGUAAUCCCAGAAGUUUAGGAGGCUGAGGCGGGUGGAUCACCUGAGGUCAGGAGUUUGAGACCAGCCUGGCCAGCAUGGUGAAACCCCAUCUCUACUAAAAAUACAAAAAUUAGCCAGGUGUGGGUGGCAGUUGCCUUUAAUCCCAGCUACUCGGAAGGCUGAGGCAGGAGAAUUUCUUGACCCCAGGAGGCGGAGGUUGCAGUGAGCCAAGAUUGCACCACUACAUUCCAGCCUGAGCGACACAGUGAGACCCCAUCUUUAAAAAGAAAAAAGCUAUAGUACCUAAUGUUUUCAUUGUGUCAUUGAAACUAUAGCUGACUGGUAUGCAUACUAAGUGUUCGUUGAUCUAAACCAGAUAUAAGUCAUUGACUUUUCUGAGACUUAGUUGUGUCAGAGAUGAACCACCUGCUCACCAAAUCGUCAUAGUAACCAGACAGUGAUGAAGCAUAUAAUUCUAAUGUUGGCAAUAGGACAUUGCUAACCGUGCGUUUAACUGCAGUAUUUUAACUACAGUAAUUUUUCUGUUUAUUUCUCUAUCCCCUCAGUAGAAUUUGUGGUUGAAUUCCGCCUUCGCUGCCAUAGUUUUUCACCACAUUCCAAAUGGUUUUCAACUCUAUACUGUAGUAGAAAAUUCAUCCAACGAUUGAAUUUAAUUUUAGCAUAAUACUGGAUUAAAUUGUUUGAAUUUUCAUUCCUGUCAUUCUUGAUUUUUAAGAAAUGAAACAGAGCUAAACAACAAAAACCUAGGAAUAAAGGAAUGGCUUCUUUCCCACUAUCCAAUUAAACGUCCUGUAUCCCCCCCAAUAAAGCCUUUGGUUUCUUUUAACCUCUUAACAGUUAAUUGAACAUAGUACAGAGACUAUCAAAAUACUUAUCCAAUUAGUAGGUGGGGGGAAAACUUUGUCUUCAGGGACAGGAGAGUGAUGGGAACUUUUUAGAAAACACUAUCACGCAUCAAACUUAAAAGCAUUUGAACUUGAUUUUUAAAGAUAAUGAAGUUUUCCACAUAUCAAAGUAUUUAAAACAUCUUCCAUCAACAAAAACUUAUCUUUAGAUUUUGUAAAUAUCUAAUAAGUAUAGAUAUUUAUUUUAUAUAUUCCUAUGGAAAAAUGCUGCUUUCAUGUUCUGACAUUUGUGAUUAUUUGCCAGUCUUUACUUUUUAACUUAUUAAAAAGUUAAAUACUUAUUAAGGUAUCUCUAUGUAAAACUGAUAAAUCGUCUUUUGAUUUUUAGGGAAAUAUCUAAAUGUGGGAAAUUUUCAACCCAACCUUAAUAUUAGGUUGUGUUAUUUAUAGAGCUAUAAUGCAUUUUUGAAUUUCUCAGGAGCUCUGCAAGGCAAAAAAGAAAUACUCCAAAUAAAAAUGAUAUAUGUAAGUUGGCAAUGUCUUCAUUCACAAUAAAAAUUUUUUUUAGCAAACA